AACUGGUUAUGUGAAUCGGAAAUACUUGGAUCUCAAAUUUUAAUCCUUUGAAGCUAAACCAUCCUCAAAAUUCUUGCCUUCUGUUCGUCUCCGUCACUCGGCAAUUUCACGACUUCCUGUUUAGCCAUUCUCUUUCCUUCUGUUUUUAAUAGUCUCCCUUUCUUGUUUCUGAGUUGUUUAUCGAUCAUCUUGUGAAGAUAAGAAGCGGGACUGGACCUUCUGUGACACACAGGAUGUAAUGAUGUUUACUUUAGGUUGUGCCAAAGGAAUCGCUAACCAACUUUUCAGAAAUCCCAGAUGGAGGUCUGGACUCUUUGUGCAUCACCUCCAGUUCCCUAAUUACUCCGUCUAUACAAAGCAGAGACCUUUUGUAGAAGUUCCACAUGGAUCAGCUUCUUCAAAUCAAAAUGUAUUCGAGUACUGCAGACGUCACAUGAGUAACUCGACGGUAGAGCUAAGAACUGAAGAUAAUGUGGUGAGGUUUUCUUUCAACAACAACGUCCGUGACACCAAAAGUGUGCCUAUGAGGACAGAGAGGAAAUGGAAACGAGCUAAAUCGUCAAGAAAGGCUAAAGUGAAUGAGUUAAGGUUUUACCGUCUAAAGGCCAAAAAGAAGAUGAAUUCUCCAAAUCCUGAAGUUAGGAUUCGAUAUAAGCUCGAAAAGGCGAAGAGAAAAGAAGAAUGGUUGAUUGAGAAACUGAGGAAAUACGAUGUCCCGAAAACGCCAGCAGAAGCCUAUGAUCCAGAGACUUUGACAGAGGAAGAGCAGCAUUACCUAAAACGUACAGGUGAAAAGAGAAAGAACUUUGUACUUGUGGGAAGACGAGGAGUGUUUGGAGGUGUGGUCCUGAACAUGCACCUCCAUUGGAAAAAGCACGAGACUGUUAAAGUUAUCUGCAAGCCGUGCAACAAACCGGGGCAGAUCCAUGAGUAUGCAGAGGAGCUUGCUAGGCUAAGCAAGGGAAUCGUGAUCGAUGUUAAACCUAACAACGCCAUAGUACUGUACCGCGGGAAAAACUAUGUCAGACCAGAAGUGAUGUCUCCUGUUGAUACACUCUCUAAAGAUAAGGCUUUGGAGAAAUAUCGGUAUGAGCAAUCGCUUGAACAUACGAGUGAGUUCAUAGAGAAGCUCGAGAAAGAGCUUGAGGAGUAUCACAAGUAUGUUGCUCGGUACAAGAAGAAGGAUGAGGUAGAUUCAAAGGGCAAAGCAGUGUAACUUGCACAUUUGGAGAUUUUGUUUGGCCUCAAAAACCCGAAUUUGAAAAGAGUUGAAUAUCUUUGGUUUUUCUCAGUCUUUGUUACUUGCAUUGAAUUUUUCCAAGUGCUAGAGCGGAUUAGAAUAAAGUAGUUGAUUUACUAGAA